AUGCCUUUUAUUUUACUAUCCACAGCGAUUUCCAACAUCCGAAUCGCCACCCCAAAUGUUUAUAACUACAUCAGUUUGACCCAAUAUGGAUAUGUUUAUCAGCCGGUGUCGGACUGCCUCGCACACUUUACGUUCCAGGUGAAAUCUUGUCAUAAUGUGCAUGUGGCACUUUUCAACACUGCUGGAGAACCUUACACAUACGAAAUUGUUCUAGGUGGUUGGACAAAUGUCAAGUCAAUAUUAAGGACUCGGUCGUCCUCUUCCCUUUAUAAUUUCGAGAGCAAUGUAGUGAAUUGUUACGUCUACAAGAGAUUCUGGGUAUCCUGGCGGAACAACAUUAUAUCGGCAGGGCGUGGCAACUCAUUCAAUGUUGGCACGUUAUUGUCCUUCACAGAUCAACACCCAAAUCAAAUACGUUAUGUUGGAAUUUCGACAGGAUACGGUGCCUAUGGUGAAUGGAAAAUACCAAGUGAACGUCCACCAUUGCACUGCUAUGAAUAUGUCCAAUGGUCUGUAAAACCAGGAGAUCAGAACACAAACAUGACAGCCAACAUCACGUGGUCUGUGACAGCUGAUAACCUCGGACAGUGUGCUGUGGCCUGUAAACGAACGAUUUCCAACAUCCGAAUCGCCACCCCAAGUGUUUUUAGCUACAUCAGUUUGACCCAAUAUGGAUAUGUUUAUCAGCCGGUGCCGGACUGCCUCGCACACUUUACGUUCCAGGUGAAAGCUUGCAGUGAUGUACAUGUGGGACUAUUCAACACUACCGGAGAACCUUACACAUACGGCCUUGUUCUAGGUGGUUGGGGAAAUGUCAAGUCGAGAUUAACCCCUCGGUCGUCGUCUUCCGUUUAUAAUUUCGAGAGCAAUAUAGUGGAUUGUAACGUCUACAAGAGUUUCUGGGUAUCCUGGCGGAACAAUGUUAUAUCGGUAGGGCGUGGCAACUCAUUCAAUGUUGGCACGUUAUUGUCCUUCACAGAUCAACACCCAAACCAAAUACGAUAUGUUGGAAUCACGACAGGAUCCGAAGCCUCGGGUGAAUGGGAAAUACCAAUUAAACGGCCACCAUUGCACUGCUAUCAACAUGUUCAAUGGUCUGUAAAACCAGGACUUCAGAACAUAAACAUGACAGCCAACAUCACGUGGUCUGUGACAGCUGAUAACCUCGGACAGUGUGCUGUGGCCUGUAAACGGAGUAAUUCGUGCGUGUCCUUUGUAUACAACAACGAGAAAGAGACAUGCCAAGGUCACGGGCUAAAGUUCCAUAAUAUCACCGAAGGCCAAGGUCAUGUACAUAAAGGAAGUCAUUAUUUCACCAAGCCGUAGAUUUUUUCUUUUCUAAAAGAAGACGCAUUACAAAGUUUAAAAAUAGUGAUUUUAAUAAACGCAGACUUGAUCUCCCAAUAACGUAUAUUCUCCUCGAGUUCUGAUUGUUUGUGCUGUUUAAUGUUUAAAGAAGAUGAAGGCUAACUAACUUAAACUAUUAUGCUUUGCACACCAUGCAAAAAGUGUUUCAGAAACCAAAAAGAAAGUAAGCAAAAAAUGUUAAAUAACAGUUUUUAUUACAUAAUGAGUUUGAUGUUCCUUAACUAAACGCAUAAUGUAUAUUAUGAACUAUUUUACGGUCACGUGCGAACUAUGGAACACCUAUCACGUUUCGGAAUUAAGUUCCUCGCUUUCAAGCGUCUAAGUCAGAUGUCAAUACUACUAGACGACUUCUAUGCCAACAGGAAAGUCGAGAUCUCAGUGAUUUUAAGUGUGUUUUAGUGAGUAUGAAAUAAAACAAGUAUAUCAUGGGUGUUUGUGCAAUAGUUCAGAAUAUUUUACCCUCAGUACUGGUACUUCGGCCUCGUGCAAUAGAAGAGCGGUCGAUUACCAGUGCAUCAUGUCAGAUAUUCUGGAUUAUUGCACAGGCACCCAUGAUAUAUUUGUAUAAUGUAUUUAGCUGAUAUGAUACAUUACAAUGAUAUAUGCCUGUCUCCAGUUUUUGUAUUUUAGCACUGACGCGUGUUGUGAUAAUUCUGCAAUCCUGUUGUAAUUAUAGGGCAAUGUCACUCAAAAAAGGUAGUUAAAUACCUAUAUUUCCGUUACUAAUUCAAGGUUUCCCCAUAAAAACCGGUAGGCAGAGUUAUCGCAUUACAAUGUCAAAUUUCCCGCCGUCUGUCAAUGUUACUUUUUGUGACGUCAUGAUACACGUGAUCAUUCCUGGCGAAUUAUAAAGUGUUGUUUUGAAUGAUAUGUAACCAUCAUUAUAAUUAUUACAUAGA